AUGUCGUACCAAAAUCAAGCAAAGAGCUUUUUAUCUACUAUUGACGAAGAUCUUCAAAUCUUAAGACAAUUCGAACUCAAAACCGGAUUACCAAGAUCAUACGCUAUCUUAGGUGGAUUUGGUCUUUACUUUGUUUUAAUUUUCUUGAACAUUGGUGGUGUUGGUCAACUUUUGUCUAACAUUGCUGGAUUAGUUAUCCCAGGAUACUUCUCUUUACUCGCGUUAGAAAGUACCACCACUUCAGAUGACACUCAGUUAUUGACCUACUGGGUUGUUUUCGCAACUUUCAAUGUUGUUGAAUUCUGGUCUAAGGCUAUCUUGUACUGGAUUCCAUUCUACUACUUGUUCAAGACUGUUUUCUUGGUUUACAUUGGUAUUCCAUCUACCGGUGGUGCUGUAACCGUGUACAAUGCUGCUAUCAAGCCAUUUUCCAGAAGAUACAUUGUUAACAACAAGAAGUUCGCUCAAGAUAUUAACAAUGCUGCUCAAGGUGUUUCAUCUUCUGUCGAAUUAUUAGCUAGCUAA